AGGAGACAUACUGGAUAAAGGCUACGACAAAAAAACAUGAUGAUAAUGGAGUCGAGGCGGUGGAGGAUGUCGGAUUUACGAGAAAGAACUGUUGAAAUUUGACAGAGGGGCUCGUGUUGAAACCUGGUCUCGGUUUUUUUUUUCUUCCCCCCAUUCUGUUUGAUUUCCACAUGCUGCGUGGACACUGAAGGCGAGCGGAGAGGAGGAAAGAGGGGGAGCACCCCACGGAUGCCUCGGAAGGUAAAAACGGGGUCCACCGCUGGCGCUACGGCCACAUCUCACGGAUGGUAAUAACAUAAAGGGGACAUCCUGAAGAAAGAUCUGGACUGAUGGAUGAGGACGAAACACAGCUUUAACCCCCCACCCACCCCCCAACUCCACCCGACCACUGUGAAAUAAAGAAAAAUCCUGUUUUGAUGGAUUUUUUUGAAUCAUUCAUGGUGUAGCCCCAAGGAAACGAGCCUUAGACAGCAAUGUUGAAUCACUGGUGUUGGUAAAUUAUUCAUUAGUGGUGUGGGUAGGCUAUGAUUUUCUGUUGCUUCAAUGUAGCAUCCAUUUUUACAAUGUUUAGUCUUGUGAUAUCAUAUUUGCAGGUUUAUCGUGUGGUUAUGUAGGCCCCGUGUAACAGCCUUUAAGAGCAACAGAAGAAGAAGCCAAAGUGGGGAAUUUUACGCUUUGAUAUAAGGAAACAAUAUCUGGGCAUUUCUAUAGAUUUUUUCUAAGAGUCUAAAGAGGAGGAGGGUGGAAAGAGAGAUAUAAGGAGAAAUAAGAAGAAAAAAAAAACACCAAACAUGUUGCCUUCCCAAGAAGCCUCCAAGAUCUACCAUGACAAUUAUAUGCGCAACUCCCGGGCCAUCGGGGUGCUGUGGGCCAUCUUCACCAUCUGCUUCGCCAUCGUCAACGUGGUGGUGUUCAUCCAGCCCUACUGGAUCGGCGACAGCGUCAACACGCCGCAGGCCGGCUACUUCGGCCUCUUCCACUACUGCGUGGGCACCGGGCCGUCGCCCAGCCGGGAGCUCACCUGCGUGGGCAGCUUCUCCGACUUCAGCUCCAUCCCGUCCGGAGCCUUCAAGGCUGCCUCGGUGUUCGUGCUGCUGUCCAUGGUGCUGACCCUCAGCUGCAUCGCCUGCAUGGCGCUCUUCUUUUUCUGCAACACCUCCACCGUUUACAAGACCUGCGCCUGGAUGCAGCUGCUGUGCGGAGUGUGCCUGGUGCUGGGUUGCAUGAUCUUUCCCGACGGAUGGGACGCCGAGGUGAUCCGAGACAUGUGCGGGGAGCAGACGGGGAAAUACUCGCUGGGUGAUUGCUCUGUACGCUGGGCCUAUAUGCUGGCCAUCAUGGGCAUCCUGGACGCCCUCAUCCUCUCCUUCCUGGCCUUCGUCCUGGGCAACCGGCAGACAGAUUUCUAUCUUGAUGAUCUGCAGACAGACAACAAAGAUUAUGCUGUGUCAAGGAUUGAGGUGCGGGACAGAAGAGAGCCAAGGUACGGAGUGCAGCGCCUUCACUGAGGGAAACAUUGGCCCUGGACAACUUCUCUCCUCUUCUUUUCUCUUCUUUUCUUCUCUUCUCUUCUCUUUAAUCUCUUCUUCUCCUCUCUCCAAUGAUCAGGAUAUCACCCAAUCUUAAUGCAGACACCAAGUGUACAGGAUUCUGUAAGAUAAAAAAAAAAACAACACACUGGGAUAAACUAUAUUUUCAAAAAAAAAAAAAGGUUGUACAGUGCAUUUAACACUCGACUUUCUCAACGAAUACCUUUAUGAUGAAAAAAAAAGAUUUACUGUAUUUAAAGUCUUGAUUUGUGUGAGAAAUUCAAUCCUUAAGAUGAAGAACCAUAAUGUCCAUCUAUGCUUUAACAAUGAUUUAUCUUAAAUCUUGCUAUUUAAUGACUUUGAGUUUGUGUUGUGUACAUUCAUAACUUCAGAAAAGCGGAUUAUUGAUACUCCUGGUCUACUGAAUACAGUAGCAAGUCCAUUAUUAAAACAUUCGAAACACUUCAACACUGACCUGUAUGGCUCUUCAUCUAAGGACUUUAAAAUGUGAGGAAUUUAAAGGAGUACCCCAUUGCAGCUUUACAGAACCUAACAUCUCUGGGAGAUUAUCUACUGUACAUACUUAACAAUGUAAAUAACAUUACUGCUGACAAAAACAGCCGACAACAAAACCUCAUCCGACUCUAAUGCAUUCAAGUAUAGUAUUUCUACCCUUGGUUUCAAUGUUCCUUGUGCCAGAAGAGCAUCGGAGUAUGUGGAGAUCCAUUGUGUUUAUAUGACAGAUGGGAAUAAAAUGAAUAUCUUUAAUGGAUAUUCCACAGAAUAGCAGGGGACUGUGUAUUACAAUUUUUGACACAGAAAAAAAAAGAUGCUUUCCCUUAAUGAGCGUGGCCUCAAAAAGAGCCUUAUUGUAGUAUUUCACCCUACAGUAUGUAGUAAAAACUUUAAUUGCUGACCUGAAUUGCAGCUGUCCAAGUCAGAUUUAGAAAUCAUGUUUUUUGUCCGAGUUCACUCCUUUGUAAUUCACCAGUGUGCAGUUUACUCCAGUUUAUGGUUCCAGCAUACAGUGAUCAGUUUACUCUACAGAUGUCUUAAGACUGUGUGAAUAUGGCUGUAUGAGUGGACCUUCUCUCAGAGGGAAGCCCCAAGUGCUGCAUUGUCUUAAGGUGAUGUCACUUAUUUGCCU